ACCAAAAGCCUAGCUUACAACACACUUUUAUUUCCACGAGAAGUAGGGCUUCUUUUUAUGCUGUAUAGUGAUAGAAGAGAUGCAUGUCUUUUUUUUUUUUUGCAUGUGUUCACAUGACUCUAACAUCCAUUUUUAGAAAAAACAGUAGAACUACUGACAUUUUUUUUCUUUUUCUUUUUUUCCUCACUAGAUUGGUGAUAAACUGUCAUUUAUUUUGAUAGAUGGUGGAAAAACAACGACAUGCACAAAUUUUAGCUCUGUUAUUCCACAGGUGUUCCUCCAACUUGUGUUCUCAUGCAGCAGUUAAGCUUGUUUGAUCACUGGCUUUAAGCUUUGCAAAAUUCUGUACAAUCCCUCUAGUGGUGCCUUCCCACAUCUGUGAUUUUUCUCUUGUCAUAAAGCUGCUUGACUAGUGUACUCUACUAGGGGGAAUAAAAAGCUACUGGCAGCCAAAACGGUUUGUUUGUUAGUUUGUUUUUGGUAACUAAUACAUAUGCACACUCUAAAGAAGUAGAUGGUACAUCCAGAAUUUGAAAAAAAAAGAAAAAAAAUAUUUUGUUCUGUCCAGUCUUUGGUAUUGCUGUCGCAUUUACUAGUUUUAGUAAUAUGUGUUUGCUGUAUUGUUAUUAAAAACAAGUUGAAUUAGAGUACUUGAAGGUAGUUUUUGUCCUUCAGCUUCUGCAUGGAGGACAUCACGUGCAGAAUAUCCUUUACUAAGCAGAUGCAUAGUUCCACGUGCUUGUAACACACUUCACCACCUUGGCUAAAAAGCUCUUGGAAUUAAUCCAGGAUGGUUUGUACACGCAUUUCUACUUUUUCAGGGAAGAUGAUAUAAAAAUGCUUAUGGAUUAUUAUUGCUUUGCCAAAGACAGCUAAAUUAUUCAUAUGAAUGUUUAUAAGUAGUUUAGCAUUCAUAGAUGCUUAGUGCAAUAUAGCUCUUAAAAGCCAUAAUGUUUUUUCUUUUUAAAUAUCAUUGUUUUUAUCCUAAUUGCUUUAUUUGCUUUAGUGAUACAUGAUAAAGGAAAAUACCUCAUACUCCAAACAGAGAUACAACUUUUACAGCCUUUUUAAUUUACAGUACAAAGCAAGAAAACAUGGAUAGGAAAAAUCUGCAUCAAGGAUGUACGUAUUUGUAUGUAUUUGCCAACUGACUAUUUAAGGCCGAGAACUCAGGGUUAAAUUUUAUCUCUGAAGUCUAGUGACAACUCCUGUUGAACUUCAGGAUUGUUUCUCACAUGCCAAAACGCCUUUUGCCCCCCCUCGAUAAUCAGCUUUCUACAAACGUUAAUAACAAAUACUUCAGUAAACUCAUUCCCCCCUUUCAUGUAGUUACAAUUUUAUUUUAUUCUUCCCCAAUAAAAAGAAAAAACAAACAAACUUCAAGCGCCCACGGGAGUUUUCAGUCAGCCUGUUAAAUCGCGCAACACGUUAGCAUAUUCGCCGCGCCAGCAGCGCCCGCCUUCCUCGCAGGCCGUCCCUUGCUCCCUGUUGCAGAAAAUAGCUCCGAUGCUAUUUAUGAGAUUAUUAUUAUUUUACAUUUGCAGCUCUUUACACGUGUUGCUGAGGCGCCGCCGUUUCUCCUCACGCCGACGCCGGAGGCGUGGGGGCGCACCCGUCCGCCAUUUCACGCCGCCCUCCCCUUCUUUUCCCUUCACGCCAUGCGGCCGCAGCACCGCCCGCUCCGGGGCGGGCUCCCCGUUCCCUCACCGCCCGGCCCACCGCCGCCGGUCGCUAGGCGAGCCCGGACGCCCUCUCGCCAUCGUUUCGUGCCCUCCCGGUGGCGGCUCCUCGCCGCCCCCCGCCAUGGAGGGCGAUAAGAGAAGAACCAAAGAAGAUACUUGGAAAUCAGAAGAACUUAAGAAAUAUCUUAGGGCAUCACAACCAGAGGGUCAGAAUGAAGACAAAAAGCACAGAGAAAAGAAACUGCAGAAAGAGAAGGCUGUUCAUGACGCACGCACUCAUAAAGAUGAACGCAAAGACAGAGGAAAGAGCAAGGAAAGAACAAGAGAGAGAGAGAGAUUUAAAUCUGUUGAAAGAGACAGAGAUAAAAUGAGAGAGAGAGAAAGGGGAAAAGAACAUCACAGAGAACGUGACAGAGAGAGACACCAAGUUAAGCUUCGAGAGCAGAGUUUGGAUAAAGAAAGAUACAGUGUACCGAAAGAUAAAGACAGGGAGGGUGAUAGAGAACGUGAUAAAAAGCAUAAAAGACAUGAGAUAAAGCAAACAGACCUGCAAAAUAAUCUGAACCCAUCUGAAGGAAGAGAGAAAGAACAUUACAGAAAAAGAGAAAAAAGCAGACAUCGUUUGGAAGAGGAGAAAAGAGAUGAAGAGCGAGAAAGAAGACAUACAGGAAAGAAGGAUAACAAUACCAAAAAGAGCAUAGACAAAUCUUUAGCAAUCGAAGUUGAAGAAUUUGAACGGGGACACAAGUUGCAGAAAGAUCAAGAGCUGGAUAAAGAAGAAAGGAGGAGAUACAGGGAAAAACAAGAACGUUCUUUUAGGCCAGGAAAAGAGAGACUUUCAAAAGAGAGAAGUCAUAAACCUUAUGACAAGGAAGAGGAAGAAAAGCACAAGUCAAAGGGAUCUAAAGAGGGAUCUUCCCAUGGAGACAGACGACAUCCAACAGAAGCUAAUAAAAGAGUAAAAAGUGGAGAAAAUGAAAGAAAGAAGCAUGAUCUUAGGAACAGUGACUACAAAAAAGAAGAGGAGAAUCAACAAGAAGAAAAAAUGAGCCAUCAGCAUGUAAGGACUGCAAAAGAUAAAGGAAAAAUCAGUGAAAAAGAGAGAAUGGACACAAGACAAGAGGAAAUUAAAGAUACACACAUCUAUAAUUCAGACACAGGGUUUGAUAACUUUUCAGAAAAUUAUGAAGAUGAUUUUGAAGAUUAUGAAGAUGAUUUUGAUGAUGAUGAUGAAGGCAAAAGUGGUGAAGAAGGAGAUGCAAAAGAAAAACUAGGAGAGAUUCCUUUUUCCAAAACAUCAGAAAUUGAAGAAAUUCAAAGAGCAAUUAAUGCAGAAAAUGAUAGAAUUUCUAUUUCACUGCCAAAGAAAAUCAAAAAUGAAAAAGAGGAACCAAUCAUGGAAGGGCAAUAUCCUCCUGCCAGAAAUUCAUUUUGUGGAAUAUUCAUGGAUUUUGAAAAGGCAAAUCAGCGACAAAGUAGCAGAAGUGUGGCUAGUAAGCAAAAAAAACGGAUCGCAGAACUUCUCCCACUAAUUGAUCUGGAUUUCUCAGUUACUUUUUCAUUAUUGGAUUUGCCUCCUGUAAAUGAGUAUGACAUGUAUAUUAGAAAUUAUGGUAAAAUGAACACUAAACAGGCAUAUGUUCAGUGUAAUGAGGACAGUCUUGAGAGAGACAUUCAGACUGAGGAAGUUGAGACAUUGGAGAAGUGGACACAGCAUCCAGGAGAAAGUGCCCUUGUAUCUGGAGGUCCCAUAAAAAGCCAGGAGAUGUCAGCCAAUGCAGCUCUAACACCUAAAAUUGAUUCACAAAGAUUAGCAAAUUUCCUCCGGUCUGCUGGCCAGGUGAUUGCUGUUUUGCUAGAGGAAGAUCAAGUUGCAACACAGCCCAGGUGGAAACUAAGAUCUCGACAAACCAGUCUGUCUAUUAGUGAUAGCUGUUUCCAGUUAAAUACUAACCAGCCAUUCCUCCAUGACCGGAAAAUAUCCUGCCUAUAUGUAUCUAACAUUCAGAGGCAGGCACUACUUUCAGUUCAUGGAUUACCUGAAAAAGCAGGUGUUGCUUUACUGGAAAGAAAGAGCAUCGUAUGUGUUUGGAAUGUCUGGCAGCCAUCCAGUCCUCAGAAAGUUUUAAUAUGUGACUCAGAGGUGUUAUGUUGCUGCUUUAGUCCCAGUAAAACAACAUUAGUUUUUGCUGGAACAACAGAUGGUUCGUUGUUGGUGUGGGAUCUUCGAGAAGACUCAAGAAUGCACCCUCGUAUGACAUUCGGUGAAACUGACUGGACAUUUAGAGUUCCGACUUUUUCCACUGAUGGUGUUCUAAACUCAGUAAACCACACCUCUCCUAUAGUAGCAGUGGAACCUGUCUCAACCUCUCUCUGCACUGAUCAGAAAUAUGGACUCUCAAGCCUCUCUUAUCAGGAGGAAAUGUCAGGCCCUCCAUUUCAGAUAGCUUCAAUGGAUGAAAAUGGAAUCCUCAAUAUGUGGGUAGUUGUAGAAUUAAAGAAAGUGGAUUUGUCUGGUUCGCAAACUGAUUUAGGUUUAAUUCCUGGAGGGAAAGUGAAGUUAGUACAUAGUUCUACUAUGGAAUUGAAUAGCAGCCUUUUCCCAAAAGAUGUGCGCCUGAGAACACCCCAAACACUGACUAUUAAAUUUCUGUCUUCUGAUCCUAAUCAUUUCAUUGUUGGAACAAACAUUGGUCUGAUAGGCCAUGGUACAAGACAUGAUUUAAAAGUUCUUCCAAAGCUAUUCAGACCCCAGGAGAGUGGAAUAAGAUCAAUACGUGUCAAUGCAAUUGAUUUCUUCCCUUUUGGAAAGUCACUUUUUUUGGUUGGCUGUUCAGAUGGAAGCAUUAGAUUACACCAAAUGACAUCAGAGUAUCCCCUCAUGCAGUGGAAUGACAGCACAAAUGGCCAGCCAAUUAUUGCUCUGCAGUGGGCUUUAACAAGACCUGCAGUGUUUUUUGUCCUGGAUGCAUCAUCUAAUAUUUACAUUUGGGAUCUCCUGGAAAAUGAUCUGUUGCCUGUGGCAAAGCAAACUAUUCCAUCAGAGAAAGUUGUAACUAUGGCUCUGCUUGGAGAACCAGAAAAAACAAAUGGAUUGUUAGGAGUUGUGCUGGCCAAGGACUCUGGACAGAUAGAUGUUCAAUAUGUAAAGAAGAAGUGGGCAUUACCUCAGCCUGAGGAAUCUGAAAAACUAAAUUUGAUUUUGUUGCAGUCCUUUUAGAAGCAGGACAUCUGUGUGGGUUUAUUACUGCAAAAUAUUUAUAUGAUUUUUUACCGCAGUUAAAAGAUUUGUAGUGUAGUUUUGUAUUUGUAUAUAACUUGUAUAUAUUUUAAAGAAAAUUGAUACAUUGUUUCAGAUGAAAAGAUAUAUUUUAUCUUAAAAAAUGAUAGAACCAAAUUUUGCUUAUUGUGCUCAAAAAGAUGAUGAACUGUAUUUCCUUAUUGAAAGAAUUAUAAAUAUGUUUAUUUAAAAAAAAAUUGAAAAUAUAUUCCUAUAAAUUACACUACAGUUUUUCAUUAUUUUACUCAGAAAUAAAUAAUAGCAAACCUUUGUCUGGUGGGCAUAAAACUGUGCUCCUGUGUAAGCAACAUGAAUGUAUUGCAACUUGUAUCUCUGGGACUUUACAACACUAAUGCUUGGUAAAGAUUUCUUAUAUCUACCUUGAAACAUCAUGCAAACAAAUUUCCAUUUCACGAUACAUUACUUCUGAUUUUGUCCCUGGAGCAUUGCAAAAGGAAUACCUGAAAGCUCAAGUUGUCCUGAUAUAUACAGGUUGGAUCAAACACUGGAAAUAAUGAGCUUGUGACACUUAUUGAAAUUCUAAAUCCUUUGUGAUUUCUGAUGUAAAACAGAAAACACUGACCUGUUUAAUCCUGUAAAUCAUUUCAAAGCGCUUGUAGUGAGGCAGAGGAUAGUUGUCUCUAACAUUAUUCUAAUUUUUGAACAUUAUUGGUAAAAUUUGGAACAAAAUUAACCACAGAAAAUACCUUCAACUUUUGUAGCCUAACAACGUCAAAUUUAAAGAUCAUGAAGGAAAACAUGGUCAACCAGAGCAGAGAUUUGGGGGGAAAAAAGGACAAUUUGAAAAAAAUGUUCUAAUGCAUUCAGAAUUUAGUUUAUGUAUGUUUAAGCUAUGUACUUUCUACUUCUAAAGUAGAUUGAAAUCAUUUGUAAAUUUUAAUUAAUUCAUAGCAAAGUGUUUUCUAUCUAAACUGUUACUUAAAGUGAGCAGACUCAGAGUGGCCACAUGAUGGUGCCAAGUCACUGCAGUAAAGGAAGAGUGCCUUACACAAACAGUGUACAUCACUUGGGGAAUUAACUUGUGUUCUUUUGCACAUUCCCCUCUCAAAAGCAGCAGCCACAGUCCAGAGGGCCGGAUGAAGUACUGCUUCAUCAACCCCUAAAAUAUGUUGGAGAAUAUUUUUAAAUGCCUGUAUAUGGUAUGUUUAUAUUGCUUCCUUUCUUAUUGAAGCAAGUAACCUCAACAGUUGCAGUGUGAAAGGUAUCAUGUUCUCAGUUUUAGGUUAGGUGCUUCCAGGUGGACAGCUCUGUCUUCUUCACAUCUGCAGUAUAUGUGUGGAUCGGGGCACUAGAAUAACUUCAGUAAUUCAGGUAGAGAACAAAUGGCAGGUACUUUUUGUAGUAAGGUAGCGGAGCAUGACUACUAGGACCCACAGAAAAAAACAAACAAAAAAAGACCACAACUCUCUCUCCCUCUCUCUCACACUCACAUGCAAGGAACCACCACCCUUCUCCCACCCACCCAAUUUAAGAUCAAAAUAAAGUGUUGAAAUUAUACUGGUCUUCUGAGAG